AAGAAGAAAGGAAGAAGAGAAGGAAUCGUCGUUAUUAUGCACGCGACACCGUACUCGGAUGUUUCCAUCGAUGUGUCGCAGUUUCUGUUGAAACUCACUGGUGUAUGGAUGACUGCGAACGACGGUGAGAAACGUCGAAGGAGGAUCGCUAUGGCGUACACCUUCGUCAUCCAGAUCUACGGCUUGUAUCUGAAUAUCGGUGACAUUUAUCACAGUUGGGACGAUUUAAGCCAUUGCAUCUUCUUGACUUGCAAUACAUUGUGCAUCAUGCUGGCGAUGUUCAAGUGUUUGAUAUUGUUCGUUCGUAGAACGGAAUUCAAGAAUUUAAUUUUACUCGCCCGGCAGAAUUUCUGGCACUUCGACUACGAUCGUCACGAGAGGAUGCUUUUCACGAAGUGCCGGAAAUUUUGCACGUUGUGGACCUUGACCGUGUUCUCGUUCACGCAGGCCUCUUUGACUUUCUAUAUAAUCACGCCGAUCUGUGCGAACAUCGGGAGAAACAAGUCAGACAGGGUACUUCCGUUCAAAAUGUGGAUCGACUUGCCAUUAAGCGAGACGCCAUAUUACGAGAUAAUGUUCGUCGUCCAGUUGCUUACAGUGCAACAAAUCGGUAUCGCUUACACGUGCAACGACAACUUCUUAUGCGUGUUGAACAUGCACGUGGUCUGCCAAUUUCGUAUACUCCAGCACAGAUUGUCGAAGCUGUGGUCGAUAAUCGACGAGGGGGCGGUUAAAAUCAAUUACGCGGGCAAGUGUUACGAGGCGUUGAAAGAGUGCGUACGACAGCAUCAAUCGUUGAUCGAAUUCUGCGACAAGCUCGAGUACGUCUACACGUUACCGAUCUUCGGCCAUGUUGUGGUUUUCAGCUUGCUAAUGUGCUUCGACACGUACGAGAUAUUUCUGGCAAACGUACCGGUUUCGAUGCGCCUCAUUUUCUUUUUCCACAUGGUCGGCAGCUUUAUCCACAUAAUCUUCUUCACGUAUAUCUGUGGCGGAUUGAUAGAGGAGAGUUCGAAUAUCGGGUUGGCCACGUAUUCGGGGUGGUGGACCGUGCUGCCAAUGGACGAGGCCGGACGAAUGCUGCGGGAGGACGUGAAGGUGAUGAUAAUGAAGUCCAUGCGGCCGUGCUAUCUGUCCGCUGGUGGCUUCUUUCCUGUGUCCUUGGAGACGUCCACCGCGCUUAUGAGUUCCACAUUGUCGUAUUUCACCCUGAUGAGGGAAUCAUCCAAGGAUAAACACCUUCUCGAGGAAGGAAAGGAAAAGAAAAGAAAAAUGGGGGAAGUUUCGAAAGAGACGAGAGUUGUUGGUGUCGCGAGAGACUCGUCGUCGCGUGGCAAAGAUUUCGCCUUGUUGAUGACGGCAUUUUUAAUGAAAAUCGUCGGCCUUUGGUUGGCCGAAAGCAAGGAGGAACAACGCAGACGCCAUUUAACCUUGAUGUACACGGUGGUCGCGAUUUUGUUCGGUGUUUGGGUCCAGUUCAGGGAUUUUUAUUACUCGUGGCCAAACUUCGGUAACUGCGCUUAUACAGCUUGCAACAUUCUGUGCCUGAUCAUGGUGUUGUUAAAGUUGUUCGUCCUGUUUGUGCAUAGAAAAGAAUUCAUCGAUCUUCUCGUGUACACGCACGAACACUUUUGGCACACCAAUUAUACGUAUAACGAGCUGUUAUUGGUAGAAAAAUGCAAGAGAAUUUGCAUGUUGUGCAUCACUUUGAUCAACGUAUGCGCCCAAGGAACGAUCGUCAGCUACGUGUUAACGCCUAUCGUAGAAAAUAUCGGAAGAAACCAUUCAGAUAGAGUUCUUCCAUUUAAUAUGUGGGUUGACCUACCUAAGCUAUCCGUAUCACCGUACUAUGAAAUAUUAUUCGUGCUUCAGGUACUUUCUCUGUAUCACGUCGGUGUAUGUUACAUCUGCUUCGACAACCUGUUGUGCCUGAUGAAUCUGCACGCGGCCACGCAGUUUCGUAUCUUGCAGCACAGAUUAUCGAGUCUUGGUAGUAGCGGGUGGGACACAGGAGGGCGGGCAUUUGACAACAGGGAUACGAGUCGGUGGUCAAGUUGCAUUGAAAAUUGUUACGCUACGUUCAAGUUGUGCGUGAAGCAGCAUCAGGAUCGAAUCACUUAUUGCCAAAGGCUGAACGAUAUAUUCACGAUCAUUGUGCUUGGCCACAUACUCGUGUUUAGCUUGUUGAUGUGUCUGGUCGGUUUCCAGGUACUUAUGGCAAAUUCACCUCCAACAAGGCGGCUCAUUUUCGUGUUCCACAUAACGGGCAGCCUGUGCCAAUUGUUGCUGUUCACGUACAGCUGCGACUCUCUGAUACAAGAAAGUACGAAUGUCGGGAGCGCGGUGUACUCCGGCCCUUGGAUAUGCCUGCCAAUGAACAGGACGGGGAGAACACUGAGAAGAGACCUGAAAAUGGUUAUAAUAAGAUCGAGGAAGCCCUGCUGUUUGACAGCAAGCAGAUUCUUCCCCGUCUCCCUGGAAACUUGUACCACGGUGCUGAGUACCGCGAUGUCGUACUUCACUUUAAUGAGGCAAUCCUUUGCCAAUUGAGAUU